UAGCCGAUCCACAUUUUUUACAUUCGCUAUUCCACGCUGUGCCACAGCGGUACACGCAAAUUCCGGUCUUGCACUUCCGUCGCUUCGUCCAUUUUCGCGUAAUCGCACAUGGUGCCUCACCGCUCCGGAGCCGCCAAGCCUUCUAAAUUUCUAGAUAAUUCUCCUUUACUUAUAAAUUGCCACAACUAGCCUGUUAAAUGCACGAAACUAUGGACAUGGCGGACGACCCGGAGUAUGACGAAGAGGAACCUUCGUUCAGUGACUCGGAGGACUACGUGGAUGACAUCGAAGAGGACGAGCUGUUGAGUGACCUCAUGAGGGAGAAGCCACUCGAGGCUGAUGGCAUCGACUCCGUGGUGGUGGUGGACAAUGUACCCCAAGUAGGCCCAGAGCGGCUGGAAAAAUUGAAGAACGUUGUCAAUAAAAUCUUCUCCAAGUUCGGCAAGAUCACCAAUGAGUUCUGGCCAAUGGACAAUGGGAUGACAAGAGGGUACAUCUUCCUGGAGUACCUGGCCCCCACCCAGGCCCAAGAGGCGGUGAAGAACGCUGAUGGAUACAAACUGGACAAGCAGCACACCUUCAGGGUCAACGUCUUCACUGAUUUUGACAAAUAUAUGAACAUCAGUGAUGAAUGGGAGACUCCAGAAAAGCAGGACUUCAAGGACUUUGGUAACAUGCGCCACUGGACCGAAGACCCAGACUGCCGUGACCACUUCAGUGUGAUUUACGAAUCGGGAGAAAGGACCGCGAUCUAUGCAAAUGACGCCAAGGAGUCCAUCACAGUUGAAGAGAGAGCGCGCUGGACGGAAACGUACGUGCGCUGGUCUCCCAAAGGCACCUACCUGGCCACCUUCCAUCAGCGCGGCAUUGCGCUGUGGGGCGGUGAGAAGUUCAAGCAGAUCCAGAGGUUCAGUCACCAGGGAGUGUCCCUCAUUGACUUCUCUCCAUGCGAGAGGUACGUGGUAACGUUCAGUCCCCUGAUGGACACCAAGGAGGACCCCCAGGCUAUUAUCAUCUGGGACAUUCUGACCGGCCAGAAGAAGAGGGGCUUCCACUGUGAGAGCUCUGCUCACUGGCCCAUCUUCAAAUGGAGCCACGAUGGCAAGUUCUUUGCCAGGAUGACCCAAGACACACUGAGCAUCUAUGAGGCUCCUUCUAUGGGUCUGCUCGACAAGAAGAGUCUGAAGAUCUUUGGAAUCAAGGACUUCUCAUGGUCUCCAGGAGAUAACGUCAUCGCCUACUGGGUGCCCGAGGACAAGGACAUCCCAGCCAGGGUGACCCUGUCGCAAAUGCCCACGCGUGAGGAGAUCCGUGUGCGUAACCUGUUCAACGUGGUGGACUGCAAGCUGCACUGGCAGAGGAACGGCGACUACCUCUGUGUCAAGGUGGACCGAACCCCCAAGGGAACACCGGGCGUGGUCACCAACUUUGAAAUCUUCCGCAUGCGUGAGAAGCAGGUGCCCGUCGACGUGGUGGAGAUGAAGGAGGGCAUCAUCGCGUUCGCGUGGGAGCCCAACGGCAGCAAGUUUGCUGUUCUCCACGGGGAGUCUCCCCGAAUCAACUCCUCCUUCUAUCACGUCAAGAACAACGGGAAGAUCGAUCUCAUAAAGUCGUUUGACAAACAGCAGGCCAACAGCAUCUUCUGGAGCCCUCAAGGACAGUUUUUGGUGCUGGCUGGACUCCGGAGUAUGAACGGAGCGCUCGCCUUCGUGGACACGUCAGACUGCACCAUGAUGAACAUCGCCGAGCACUACAUGGCCUCGGACGUGGAGUGGGACCCCACCGGCCGCUACGUCGUCACCUCCGUCUCCUGGUGGAGCCACAAGGUGGACAACGCCUACUGGCUGUGGACGUUCCAGGGCCGCCUGCUGCAGAAGAACAACAAGGACCGCUUCUGUCAGCUCCUGUGGAGACCUCGACCAGCCACGCUGCUCGGAGUCGAGGAGAUUAAGGUGAUCAAGAAGGAUCUGAAGAAGUACUCCAAGAUCUUUGAGCAGAAGGAUCGUCUGAGUCAGUCCAAGGCCUCUAAGGAGCUGGUGGACAAGCGUCGGGCCAUGAUGGACGAGUACCGUCUCUACAGGGAGGCCGCCGUCCAGACCCUGCUGGAGCAGAAGGACCUCCGUCUGGAGCUCCGAGGAGGGGUGGACACGGAUGAGCUGGACAGCAACGUGGAGGACUGGGAGGAAGAGACCAUCGAGUUUUUUAUCAACGAAGAAAUCAUUCCCCUCGGAGAUCUGUAGUCCACUCCGCAGUACAUCCGUGUUUGUGUGAGGUGACGAGACCGGUGGGGGUGAACGGAGGGGCCAGAGGACCACGCUCGGAAUCUUGGGGCUCCUCACAGAUCCCCACGUUCCACAUUAGUGACAUCACAAAAACAAAAAGAGCACGCAUCGUUACUCCAGCUGCACCAGGAGAGAGUGUGGAAAUAUACUCUGCAUCACUCUUUAUCACUUUUUUUCUUUUUCUGGACAAAGAUAGUUUUAAUAAUUGGAGUUUCUCAAUCUUUUUAUCUGCCCUCUCUCCUAUUGUGACCUCUGACCUUGCGGUGAACCCGGUAUGGGUCACCGCUGGCCAGCGGGGGGUGCCGUAGAAGAGCGGUGCGGGAGCGAUGUGACCAAACUAAUAGCCUUUUUAGUUGUUGUGCUACGGUGGCGCUACGGGGGCCUGUAUCCUCCUCCAUUCAGACUGGUCCUCCACAUAGCGGGGGGGGGUGCUGUGGGGAGAACUUUAAAUAAACAGUCAAACACACUACCGAUGCUCUUGGCUUCUGU